AUGCUAACUCGACAACGAUCUCAGACGAAGAUCGAGUUUGUGAAACAGAUUGGGUCGCAGUUCCACGUCAGAAAGGCCAGUCUUGACUUGCGAGGCAGCUGUGUCGAUAAGGAAGUGGAGCCGGUUUCAACAGCACCGACAAUGGAGGCUACGGAACAAGCAGCUUUCCCAUGGAUGGUCCUUAUUGGAGUGCUUCUUCUACUUCUACUUCUCGCUAUUCUGAUCCUAGCCGUGUGCAGCGCGAUGAGGAGGAACAAAAAGAAGGAGAAACCCUCUGACUACAUGGGAAAAGGGAUGCCAGUGGUGUUCCCAGAGGAAGUGGCUGAAGACGUUGAAAUGGCCCAUGCAGCCACACCUAUGCUUACCAAAGAGGAGCGACCACCGUUUAAGGUGUCACAGCACGAGAACCCGCUCUACAAGCCACCACCACCGUUAGCAGCCGCCUCUCCUCGACUGGGAUCGGCUGCCCCCGUUCCGAACCAGAGAAUGCCUCCGAGUUACGUGCCUCCGUAA